UAGAAGCGGGGCGAGUCGUUUCCUUAGUUUAGAAUUUGAGCUCGAGGACACAGUAUCGCUCGUGUAGUGCAGUGCGUGUUUAAUUUUAUGUUUAAAUCUGGGCCAAACCCUUAUAAAUCAUCAAUAGGAUUCAAUUUGAAUGCACAAAAUUUUCUGAGUGUCCCUGCUACCAAAAAGAGUGUCCAGAUCCUUCAAAUUACUUCCAACCAGUAUCAUACCACCAUCUACAGGCAUCAACAUAAACACUGCAGAGUAUUUCUGAAGCAACAAAGACCAGGAUCAAUCGUGGGAUUGAAAAUACUAAGAAGUUAGUAAACGGGGAUCAAUUUAUUUAAACAAAUGAAUAUAUUUUUACAAAUUGAAAUUGAGCAAUUUUAGGAUCUCUCAAUAAGUCGAAGGGGGCUCUAUAUUUAAAUAUAGGACUGGAAAUAUUUUGCAAAAUUUGCGAAAGGAGAAGUGACUAUGUAAAUCUAGCAUCAGAAUCAGAUCUACUGGGUGAAAAACUCGCUUUUAUAGAAAUAGGGCGAGCUGCAACUUUUCUAUUGACUGAAACCGAAGCUCGCAAACUGGCUCCGGAAGUAAGCAUCAAGCAUAUUGGAAUGAGGGAGGAUCUUUUGUCCAUCAUCCGACACACGAGCAGUGAUCAUUUUUCCGAAGAGUUGUAUCCUGAAGAAGUGUGCGAUCCGCAUCUAUGAUACAACUGUGCAGAUUAUACAACAUUUGUAAUAGAGAGGAAAAAUCCUAUUGAGUAGAGGGUUCAUAUUUGGAAGAACUUCAAGGGUGUUGCGGAUGAUCUCGAUUCUUUGGGAGACUUCAAAAGGUGUUACUAGUUUUCCUGAGCUAAACUUGAAAUUUGAGAAAAGGCCGUAGAAGUGGGCCUCUCAGUUGGCGAUCGUCAGUUCUAGAAGUUUGGGAAUGCCUUGGGUUGCCGCCUGUCUAGAUUUGUUAGUGGGACCCAUUUUAGGGUAUUGUGUUGCUGUCAGGAAAUUAGCCCUACAAGCAGGCAUUAUACAAGAGGAAAGUGCUGUAAUGCUGGAUUCGAAAGAAGAUCCGAAGACCAUGGCCCACAGCACAGAGGAGAAGAUUGAAGAAAACAGUCAAGAGAAAGCAAUGAGGAAUCCAGGUACGUCAAAACCACCCCGGAAGUUUGCUGCGGUUGUCAUCGCUUUUUGCGGUCUUCCAGCUCGAGGUAAAAGUCAAAUGGCUCACUCCCUUGCUCGAAGACUCAACUGGAGUGGAGAAACCGCAAAAGUGAUGCGUGUCAGUGACUAUCGAAGAAAGAGGCUCGAGCCUUAUGCCUCUCACGAACUCUUUCGACCAGACCAUGCAGCAAAUGUAGCCUUAAGGGCCCUUGCACAACGUGAUGCAGUGCACGAUUGCGCCUCCUGGCUUGCAUCUGGAAAUUCAGUCGCUAUUCUGGAUGCAACUCUGAUAACGCACGAGCAGCGUGCUGAGGUCUUUGAUUAUUUUUGUGCCCAACUUGGCUAUCGCGUUCUCUUCGUCGAGUGCGUUUGUGAAGAUUCAGGUGUUCUGGAGGACAACUACAGGGAGAUUCUGCAGUACAACGCAGAUUACACUGGGAUGGAGAAGGCGAUGGCGAUGAAUGAUCUGCGGCUCAAAAUAUCUCACUAUAAAAUGGCCUACCAACCAAUGGACGAAAAGAAUUACUCUAGGAUUCAAAUUGAUACUGCUACCUUGGACAUUCACGCACACAAAGUCACUGGUCAUGUUGAAACCGCCGUUCUUGGGUUUCUGGGUAGCAUUCGCCUUAAGCCGCACACCUUGUUCUUCUCGAGACAUGGAGAGAGUGAGUAUAACGUUCUGGGAAAAAUAGGCGGUGAUGCUGUUCUGAGCGCUCGUGGUGAACGCUACGCUCAGGCAUUGGCAUCAAAAAUUAAUGCGAUGCACAUACCAGAUUUGCGUGUCCUUACAAGUCGUCUAAGAAGGACAAUUGCAACAGCUAGGGGAGUAAUGGCACCGCAGGAACAUGUUGCUUCAUUGAAUGAACUGAAUGCUGGGGUCUGUGAAGGCCUUUCAUAUGAGGAAAUGCAGGAGCAAUAUCCACAGGAAUUCGCUUGGCGUGAUCAGGAUAAACUUCGAUAUCGAUACCCUUGGGGUGAGAGUUACGUGGACACAAUGCAGCGAGUUGAACCCGUGAUUGCUGACCUUCAAGAGGCAAACAACGUCCUGGUUAUUUCCCAUCAGGCAAUACUCCGCUGCAUCAUUGGUUAUUUCAUGGAUAAGACACCAGACGAGUUACCCUACAUGGAAGUUCCACUGCACACCAUCAUCAAAAUGUCUAGUCAGGGCUUUAAUUACAAACUCGAAUUCAUCAAACUUCCAAUCGAGUGUGUCGACACUACUAGGGUGAGGCCUAAGAACUGCAGUGCCAACAGAACAGCAGACGAUGCUUUGAUAACUGUUCCAGCCCACUUUGAUAUCCCUGAUCCCUGGAGGAAUCCUGGAAGUGGUCCCACUCUUGUUCAACAGCAUUGAACGCCCCAAAAUCAUGUUUUAUUUUCAGAAGAAAAUGCAGUAUGAAUUGUGAAUCAAAAUUAUGCUAUUUGGUAAGUGAUGUAAUGAAAUUUAUGUUUUUCGCAAAGUGGAUGAAUAUGGAAUCAAAAUUUUGAAUUUUGAUUAUAAGAACAAGUUAAUUAGGCUAUUUUAAUUAGAGCUCUUCUAGAACCGAAUUAUUGCUCGAUAUUAAAUUCGAUGGCACAACUUCAAAAUACCUAAGCAGUGAACCCUCUACAAAUAUUCAAUGUAAACGUAGCAGUACCUAGUUUGUAGGUAAUAGAAAUGUAAUCAAAAAUCGUAUUAAUUUUCUAAACUAGACUACAGACUAUAGAAGUGGGAAAAGUAUUGAUAAGGCUCGUCUUUAUUUUUGACUCCUUUCAUCUUGAGUUGACAACUGACCUUAUCGAUUAUCUUCCUUAACUUUAAAGAGGAUCGUCUACUGCUGAAAGAUCUUUGAAAAAUCCAGCUAAUGUACAUUUUUCAUUUAAAUGUGGAAAUUAUUUUGGUUUUAACUAUUAUAAAUGGAGACGUUUAUAUUCUGUCAGAAGGGAUGACCCGCAAGUGUAUAUAUCGUUGAAAUCUUUUUAAACUCGGAAAAGGAUUACAACUUUAGGGCAUUUUACAAGAAAUCUGAACUAUUUGUGUUGCACAAGUCGACGAUCCUUCCACUUUUAGUUAAUGACAGUCAAUGUUCACCCAGUGAAUGAAAAAAUAUAUUUUCUACACAUUCAUGUGCUUUAUAAAAACGUUGAAUUCCUACGCUGAAUAAAAUUCUCCCCUUUUUGAGACUUUUAUAAGAACUUGAAAUUUAUUAUUGUUGAACGAGAUACAAAAUAUUUUUUCUUUGGGAAUCUCCGUAUAUUCUUACAAUUAGAGGAAUGUUGGUUGUAACCAUAACAUCGUUAAACAUUCUAAGCUUUUAUCUGUUAAAAAAAUUUCGUUAUAAUAUAUAUUCUUUAUUAAUUUUACUUUCGUAGAUCUAAGAUGCUAAUGUCCCUGGUAAAUUCAAUAAAGUUUAACAUAAUUUUUUUCUACACUCUUCGGUGAUCAUUCUUUUUUGCAGUGCCGAGUGCUUUCCGUUGAGCUAAUACAGAGAUUUCAAGAAUUUAAAUUAGAAAAUUUUUUAAUUUAUUUUCCAUCUGGUCAAAAAUGAGUUUAAGUAUUUUCUAUUAAUAUUUGAAGAGUUAACUUGAUUGAUAAUAUUGAUUUCAAUUUUCACCGAUUGUGUAAUGAUAUCUACACUGAUUGAUGGUAACUAUCUCUGACGAUAAUGCAGUUUCCUUUAUAUUACUCGUAUUAUGAAUGUAACACCUGUCUUGGAAUAGCAGUUAUUUCUGACAAAAUAUUAUUUUUUUAGUCUCUCUAAUAGCUUAAUGGAAAGCACCCGACAAGAAAUCGGAAGUUCUGUGGUUCGAUUGCCAGUGGAGCGAAGAGAGUAGAUCUAUUUUCAGAAAAAAAAAAUCAAUUUUGAAACUUCAUGACAUUUAAAAUAACAUAUUCAAGGGGGCAAAUUGAAAUCCAGUCCAAUCCAAUGAGUUUCGACUUUUUACCAGGGAGUACAGCGAAACCCGCAUAAACGCGCAUAAUACAAGAAAAUAUAACGUUAGACUCUCGGCGUUUCUAUACAAAUGUGAGGUCAGGACGCCCUUGCAAAUUCAGUAGAUUAUAAUAAGAUUAGUAUUGAGAUACUGAUAGAGAGUGCUUGAGAGGGAGAGAGAGUGAUAGACCCGGUAUUUUUAUAUCAUAAAAAAAAUCAAUUCACACAGGGGAAACGUUUUCUUUUAUUGAUAAUUUCAUUUAUAGAAUAAUGUGUGAAACAAAAAAUUUGCAGACUUUUUAGUCUUCCCUUCUGAAAACGUUUUCCCAAAUAAUUACAGAAAUCGUGUUUAUGCGAGCUCUAAUAUUCCUAUCAAACAGUCGAACGUAUAAAA